CAGCUAUGGCACCUCGCAAGGGUAAGGAAAAGAAGGAAGAACAGGUCAUCGCCCUGGGACCUCAGGUUGCCGAAGGCGAGAAUGUCUUUGGAGUCUGCCACAUCUUUGCAUCCUUCAAUGACACCUUCGUUCAUGUCACUGACCUCUCCGGCAAGUAAGUACUGAAGGCAUUAGAACGGUGCAUGCUCGGCUUUGGAAAAUAUUAAAUCUGUCUAGUGACCGAAUACAUUUUCAAUCAACCUGCAUGUUUCUUACAGCAAUCGAUGUCCAUCACAUUAUUGUCUGUGCAGUGUUGUUCAGCUUUGGUUUGAAACGCUUUGCCCUAAACAUGUCCCUGCACCUUCCAGGGAAACUAUCUGCCGUGUGACUGGUGGUAUGAAGGUGAAGGCCGACAGAGACGAGUCCUCCCCCUACGCCGCCAUGUUGGCCGCACAGGAUGUGGCACAGAGGUGCAAGGAGUUGGGAAUCACUGCCCUGCACAUCAAGCUGAGGGCCACUGGCGGCAACAGGUAAUGAAUCCCUCCCUCUGUUCACUGAAGCGCUUGUUGCUCCGUCAGACCUCGUCUUUUGUACAUCCUUGUUGCACAGUGCUUGAUGCAGCUAAAUCGUUUUGGUAGGGCACAUUGUGUCCUUUUGACGACUACUCUUGUUACCGCUGUAAAUGGACAGAUGAAUUUAGAAGCGCAGUCUCUAUUUUGCUUAGUCUUCUGAGUUGUGCAACUGGAUUUGUCAAUAGUUGGCUAUGCAUUAGAUUUGUCUUUUGUGCAACAGUGUGAACAUUUGCAUUUCAGAACCAAGACCCCUGGACCAGGAGCACAGUCUGCUCUCCGUGCCCUGGCUCGUUCUGGCAUGAAAAUCGGACGCAUCGGUAAGCUUUAGCUCAGCCGCCCUGUCAGGAGAAUCUGUUCUAAAUUAGAUCAUUUAUUUGAUAUACCAAUGUUUCUCAACUCUCUCCUUGUACCAAUGGAUUGUCCCGUCCACAUGUUAGUUAUAGCCCCUGCACUGACGGACGUGGCUGAGUCAACUAAUCAAGGAGAGGGUUGGGAAACACUACCGUGUGUCUGCAUAUUUCAUGCAUCAAGGGUGAAAUGUACUGGUUGUAUGAUGUUUUCCAGAGGAUAUAGAUGUUUCAGUUGGGAAAUGCUUUUUCUACUGGUCUUUGAAUACUACAUGUGAAACAAUUCAACUAUUCUAGUGGCCUGUUUUGUUGGAGUCUCUUGAACAAGGUUGUGUAAUUUACAUGCAUGCACUCGCAUGCUUAUGUCACAACCAUGUCAUUUGUACAACUUUUAGUCAUAUAGCAGACGCUCUUAUUCAGCGUUACUUGAAGUUAGCGAGUCGCUCUGUAUAAGAGCGACUCAUGUCGGCCAAGUGUAUGCGUCUGUUCAAUGCCCUUCAGACAAUAUUCAUUAAACAUUUAAAAAUGAGGAUGUCAAUGAAUCAGGGAUUCGAUGUACAAGUCUGUUAUGCAUAUGAAGACCCAUGCUCUCUUUCUCCUUGCAGAGGAUGUCACCCCUAUUCCAUCAGACAGCACCCGCAGAAAGGGAGGUCGUCGUGGGCGUCGUCUGUAAAUGUGCUUUGAGUUUUUCACUCAAUAAAAGGUUAAUUCCAAA